CUUAGAACUGGAUUCUCAGAACUGGUGAUGCACAAAGUUUCGAGGAACCUUUUACAAGAUUGCGACGGCAUGGCCACCACAGCUGAUGGCUGCAUACAGUUCACACGGCAUGCGGGAGACGUCCUCCUCAACCUCAACCGCCUCCGCAGCCGCAACAUCCUGACAGACGUCACCAUCCAGGUGGACGGACAGCGCUUCAGCACGCACAAGACCAUCCUGGUGGCAUGCAGUGGGCUCUUCUACUCUAUCUUCAUGGACCCUGAGAAGGCGGACCUCAGUGUGGUCACCUUGGACCACAAAGUGGACCCCACGGGCUUCUCCAUCCUGCUGGACUUCAUGUACACGUCCAGCAUCAACCUGAAUGAGGACCUAGUGGAGGCCACCAUGAGCACAGCCCUCUACCUCCAGAUGGAGCAUGUGGUGGACACCUGCCAGAGGUUCAUCGAGUCCAGGAAACUGCGGAGUUCUCUGAAGCUGCAGUUUGACGGCGAGCUGGGCGGCUCUGGCAGUCUGUCGGCCGAGGAGGUCUGGGCACUGCGGCCCCUCGGCGAGACGGAGACCAACCUGCGCUCCAGCCACACGGUGUCCCCCCCGCAGGGCUCGGCCGCCGCCGCCGCCUACGCCCCGAGCGUGGUCAGCGGCAUCAACACAUCGGGCUCGUACCACGUCUACGCCGCGCCGCCCCGCGCCGCCGCCGCCGCCGUCCUGGGCCGGCAGCAGCAGCAGGCGGAGGCGCGCCUCCUCAGUGGCCUCCCGAGGGAGGGGGUCUCGUCGUCCCAGACGCCCUGCCCCUCCUCGCCGCCCGGUGCCAACGUCCCCGUGGCCCCGCCCACGCCCAGCUCCACCCACCACGGCGAGGCCAGCCUGAGGAGGAGCGCGGCGGUGGCCAAGGAGGAGCCCGGCGCGGUCCAGUGCCCGCUGGCGCCGCCCACUCCGGGCUUCGGGAAGGGCGUGAUCUGCAGCCCGCAGAGCCCGCUGCGCUCCGACGGCCACCCCAACUCCCCCACCGAGUCCAGCAGCAGCAGGAACGCCAGCCUCGAUCUCAAGAGGCCCUCGGCGGGCGGGGAGGACACCGCCGCCGCCACCAAGGCCCGCAACUGGAAGAAGUACCGCUUCAUCGUCAUGAACCAGGCGGCCGACGGCGGCGAGCGCGGGGCCGAGGGCUCCGACGGCGGCGAGCGCGGGGUCGAGGGCUCCGGCGGCGGCGGCGGCGAGUUCUUCGGGACGUCGUCGAGUCACUACCAGAGCGGGCGGUCGGACACCAGCGGCGAGGGGCCGGCCGGAGAGGCGGGGCCAGAUGACCGGGGGUUCCCCGUGUCUCCCAUGGCUCGCCGCGCUGAAAGCAGCUGCCGGGACAGCAGCCACCUGAGAUGCUCGUCGUGUGGUUAUGACAGCCCCCAGGGGGUCGGGGACAUGGAGCCCUACUCCCCCGGCUCCUACAGCAGUGAGGACACCAACAAGGCCCUCUCUGAGAACUACCACUCCAGCUCUGAAAGCCACACGUUCUUCUGCAACGAGUGUGACUCCAAGUUCACCGAGGCGGACUCCCUGAAGAGCCACAUGCUCCAGGACCACAGCGACAAGCCCUACAGGUGUGACUGCUGCCAGGCCGCCUUCCGCUACAAGGGCAACCUGGCCAGCCACAAGACGGUCCACACUGGGGCCAAACCGUACCACUGCAACAUCUGUGGUGCGCAGUUCAACCGGCCAGCCAACCUGAAGACCCACACGCGUAUCCACUCAGGAGAGAAGCCGUACAAGUGUGAGACCUGCGGCUCACGCUUCGUACAAGUGGCCCACCUCCGCGCUCACGUGCUGAUCCACACCGGGGAGAAGCCGUACCCCUGUGUGAUCUGUGGCACCCACUUCCGCCACCUCCAGACACUCAAGAGCCACAUGCGCAUCCACACGGGCGAAAAACCCUACCAUUGUGAGAAAUGUGACCUCCACUUCAGACACAAGAGCCAGCUGAGGCUCCACCUGAGGCAGAAACACGGGGCGGUCACCAACACCAAGGCCCCCUACCGCCGCGCCCCCUCUGCCCUCGGGGUCUCUGCCUCCUCCUGAUCCCCGUUACCACCGCCCCCUGGAAGAUGUUCUAACAAAACGGUGGUCUUAGUAAUCUACAACUGUGUUGUAUUUUCUCUUAAAUGUGAACAAGGUGUUAAAAAAAAAAAAAGAAAAGGCAAUCAUAUAUCCUAUGUUUGCCUUUGUUAAAGAAAUUCACCCUGUAUGGGGUCUUGCAAAAAUUGACCGUUACGAGAAAUGUAUGUGGCUUUCUUUUUCUGUGAGAAUGACCAAUAUUGAAUGUACACACGUGGAUUGUGGCAUUGUGCGUAUUUUGUUAGUGUAUUUACUGUGCGUGAUCGUUUGGAGGCAGUGUUGCUGUUAAAGGAAUGUGUCAUUCCUGAUCAAAGUGUGGUGAUGCAGUGUUAUCUACCCUAAAUGCGGAGAGGAGAGGGGCCCUGCCCUGAUUUAGUGCUGAAAGGUGCCUCGUUUCUUGGCUAGCUUAUUUUCUGUAAAAGAUAAUAUAUAUGUCUAUCUAUAUGGGCAGAUGCCAUCUGCUGGCAGACUUCAUAAGUUUUGUUUUUUUGCUAAUGUUUCAUGUCUUACUGCGAUAGAUAUUUCCUUAUUUUUGAGCAAAAAUUACCGUGUACGUUUUUCAGAUGUUCUUGUACAAAUGCAGUAUAUUGACAGUGCCUUAAGAGUUGUUUUGUACACGCUUGUCUGGUACUUGUUGUCAAGCUUAUUUUAAAUAGUGUAAAAAGCUGUAAAUACACCAGAGCGCAAGCUAAAACAUCCUCAGGAAUGUAAGCAGUAUCCAAUGUAUUUGUUUUUAACCAGAGUUUAUAUAAAUGUUUAUAUAGUUAUAUAUAUAAAAUAAAUGCAUUAUGAAAAAAAAUCUGUUGUGGUACAAUUCUUUUACAAAAUAGGCUAAAUGCUCAAUGACAAACAUGAGCAAAUCGAUAAUUGAGAGUGGCAGGAAUCCUUCCAACUUGGCUGGAGCUUAGUUUUAAGGGUGCUGACAUGUUUGGCUACUUUCCCACUGUUGAACUUCAAGAUAAUUGCCAUUUGAUUAAUAAGUGAUUAAACAAUCCAAAAAG